AGACGUGAGUGUUUAGUUGUUUCACCUUUUAUGAUCAGUAACAACUACUGUUGCGAUAUGAAAAAAGUGGUGUUUGUGCUCACAUAUUUUUUAUUCAAUGUUUUCUCGGCAGAAAUUUCUAAGAAACCAGAUGUACCUUACUAUUGGAGAGAUUACACUGGUUUCAUUCCAAGUGAUGCUAUUCCUGGAGGACUAGACUUGAACCAUGAAACGACUUAUAUAGGGCAAGGUUUUGUUGGAAACGUGGGAAUAAUUCCUGGUAUCAUAUAUCCCGGACAAAGAGAAAUAUAUGUCCCUGAACAUGGAGUCAAAAAAGUAGAUACGUACGUAAAGAUUUUGUGCAGUCCAUACAAAAAUGCAUUCAGGUGGCAUCCAGUAACUGCUUCAGAUUUCCAAGUGAAGACAAUAGGUAAAUAUUUGGUUAAAGGAGGAGUCGAAAUGAACAAUUUGUUGAAUAUCGGAAGAAUUGCAUUCCAGGGAGAAGUAGUGACGGGAAAAAUCGUAACGAACUCUCCGGACUUCCCUGACACAGCGCCAAUGUUUUUUGUACUGAAAAAUCAAGAACGUGAAACCAGACAAUAUGAAGUGUUAAUAUAUGAUGACUUAUUGAAUGUAGUUAAUGUAAGAUCAAAUUCAAUUACAAAGUGAUUGAUUCAUGACCUGUGUGUUUCGAAACAGUUGAAAGAGUUUUUGUAUAAGGAGAUUGUUUUUGUACUAUGGUAUUCCCUGAUUGACUUUUUAUGUUUUUUUAUUCAUAUUUUUUUAUUCGAGAGAAUACAUUCGAUGGAAAUCAAA